AGGAUUGUUGAAGCACGCGCAUACAGCUUUAGGAUUAAAUAUAGUAUAGAAUACAUAUGGGGAGACUGGCCCUUGAAUGAGCGAGUAUGUGUUGCACACUGCACCACUGUUUAGUUGGCCUUUUUUAUCUCCCUUUUACAGCAGCACAAACACCCAUCAAAGUUGGUAUCACUAUCCACUUCUUUCAUCACUAUAUUACUGCUAAUUGCCACAAGAGAGAGAGAGAAAAACUCCCCAACGUGCGCUGUAAAGAGCUUUUUUUGACUCUGUGUGUGUAGUGUAGAAAAAGGGAAAGUGUUGAAUUUGUGAGGGAGGGGGGUGGGGGGUUUAAGGUGAAGAAUGAGACCAGACCCAAGAACAGAUAACGAAGCAGAUGGGCAAUUGUGGUACUAGGGAAGAAUCUGCUGUCGUCUCCAAUGCUCAUCAUCAAGUCCAGCAGCAGCAGGGGCUAUCGUUGGCAAACAGGAUAGGUAUUGAUUCCAAGAAACAUAGUCAUAGCCGUUCUACGUCAGAUCUGAGUGAUCCUUCGACCCCGAGAAACUUAGAGGAUUUUAGAAAGAAUGCUGUGCUCUACACACAUAUAAUUGCGUUUACUCUUUUUGAGCUGGAAACAAUUACUAAAAGCUUCCGAUCUGACUAUAUACUUGGUGAGGGUGGUUUUGGAACUGUUUACAAGGGCUACAUUGAUGAGAAUGUUCGUGUUGGACUUAAGUCUCUCCCGGUUGCUGUCAAAGUACUUAACAAAGAGGGGCUUCAAGGUCACCGUGAGUGGCUUACUGAGGUCAACUUUCUUGGCCAGCUUAGGCAUCCUAAUCUUGUCAAGUUGAUUGGAUAUUGCUGUGAGGAUGACCAUCGCUUGCUCGUUUACGAGUUCAUGUUCAGAGGAAGCCUCGAGAAUCAUCUCUUCCGAAGGGCUACUGUUCCAUUAUCUUGGGCCACAAGAAUGAUGAUUGCUCUUGGAGCAGCUAAAGGGCUUGCAUUCCUUCAUAAUGCAGAAAGACCAGUUAUCUAUCGUGAUUUCAAGACCUCGAAUAUAUUAUUGGAUUCUGAUUAUACGGCCAAACUAUCUGAUUUCGGGCUUGCAAAAGCAGGGCCACAAGGUGAUGAGACCCAUGUAUCAACUCGAGUAAUGGGUACCUAUGGUUAUGCUGCUCCGGAAUAUGUUAUGACUGGACACCUUACUGCAAGAAGCGACGUGUACAGUUUUGGUGUAGUACUCCUAGAACUAUUGACGGGAAGGAAGUCUGUUGACAAGACCAGACCAAGCAAGGAACAAAAUCUAGUUGAUUGGGCUCGACCAAAGCUUAAUGAUAAGAGAAAAAUGCUGCAGAUUAUAGACCCUAGAUUAGAUAACCAAUACUCAGUGAGGGCAGCUCAAAAGGCUUGCAGUUUGGCAUACUAUUGCCUGAGCCAAAACCCCAAAGCAAGACCCUUGAUGAGUGACGUGGUUGAAACUUUAGAGCCACUACAAUCCAGCGGUGGCAGUACAAAUGAAGCCUCAUCAACUGGAACUGGUGUUCGAUUUGCCAUAGGAAGGGUCCCAGAUUACAGAACACAUCACCGUUAUGGUAGCUCUCUUGGUACUGCAGCUGGUUGUCGGUCUCCCAACCCAAACUGUUCCCCAGGUGGCCCUGCAGCAUGCCGUGUUAGAUAAGGAACACAGCAUAAUUGAAUGUAGCUUUGGGUGUACUGCUGUUCUAUACUUUGGAUGUAAAUUGCAGGAGAAAGUAGUCUUUUAAGCUUGUUCUGGUUCUUAAAUGGGCAAAUCUGUACCAGGUGAAGAGCAAUUUGCUGACACAGUUUUGCUUCUUCCCUUUUUUCCCCUUCAUUGUUACCUCAUGGAAGAAUUGAAUGUGUGUUUGGGUAAGUAAUAGUACUAGUUUGAUUUUGCGUUUA